CUGUGUGUGACUCUGAUGUCAUAUUAAGCAAUGCCGUUCUCCAAUACACACUCACAUCAAGUGAAUAGUGUCUACAUUUGAUACGCUCGCGUCAGUGGCAAUUAGCCGAAACGUCAUAUUUUUCCAUCGCUCGUCGAAACAACACACAUUCCUUUGGUUGAUGCAAUUCACAUUUUUAAGAAAUUGACAAGAAAUUUAGUGGAAACAACAAUCGUUUUCGCUAUUCGCUCAUUAGUGUUGAAUAAAAGUGGUUUUUUUUAUUGACUUGGCCAAAUUAAUGGCAAACAUUUAGUGCAUGAAGUCAAUCACAUUUUGCAUGACAUAUUGAGGUGAGGUUUGACAAUUCCAAAGCAACAUGUUUAUAUUUGUGAACAAAAAUAGUUCACUAAUAAAAAAUUUCUUUGUUCGGCGACAAGGCGAUUUAUUAUGAUCAUAAAAAACUUGGUGUAGAAAUUCAAUUGCCAAUUUAAAAUUGACACUUUUCGACUAAAAAUGAUAUCAACAGUGGCAAAUGUUCGAACAUUCUAGUGCCAAAAAUAUUGCGUCCCUUAAUGUGAUUUUGUUUUAGACCAAAAUAUUUGGUUCCGGUGUCAACGUUUUGUCACAAUUGAGGCAGAGAAGAAAGCUUCUUUUUCUCACUAAUCACAUGUGGCUUAGGGUGGUCCAAACUGAUUUAUCAUGUCGUAAAUUCCAGGAGAAAUAAAGAAAUAUAUUCUACUGAAAGGAAGGCUGGUUCAUAGCAUCAAAACUCAAGGAAAUGUGCUAGUGAAGCACAUUGACCGCUGUUACAUUGAAUCAUAUUGUCUGGUGGUUUCAUUUCACAUUUGUUAUUUGUGAAACAGUGUCACUGACGCACAUAUUUGACGGAGAAUGAUGGAUUCGUCUCGAUUGAAGAAAAGAAGGUCCAGUGAAGAAAGUGUCGAAAGUGCUGAAGCAGCAAAAUGGCAGAAAAAUGAUACGAAAAUUUCGACUCGGCCCACACGUUCGGUGACAUCAUUGGAAAAACUGCGCCAAAGCCGUGGUACAUUUGUCUACCGUGACGGUGCCAUCACUGGUCCAUGUGUGUUGUGCAGCAAGAAAUUGUCCUUGUCCUGGUAUGAUUGGAAGCAACACCUAUUGGAGCACACCGAUGAAAAACGAUUCUAUUGUUUCGAAUGUAAUGCGCAAUUCUCCAACAAAGACGAUCACAUCAGUUGCCCGGCCGAUUCGAUUAUCGAUGUGUUUGGUGCCCACGAUAUAGGUAAUGGUUUAGAUGGUUUCAUUUGUCAGUUGUGUGACCAUUUUCAAAUCAAUGACUACCGUCUUAUGGAUCAUUUGAAUAAAGAGCACGAAGAUCUGUGUGCAUAUUAUGAGAUCCACGUUACUCGAGUGACUCUUGUGCCGGAUGUUUGUCCGCAGACACACAUCAUACCAACGCAAUUCAGAUACGUCUCACGUCGUGACCGCUAUCGUUGUGGUGCUGGCUAUUGUACAUUCCACGGCAACACACCGGCUGAAUAUGCGGAGCAUUUCCACAAGGCGCACAGCGUUUUCAAAACAUUCUACUGUCCACACUGCAAUUUGUUGAUCAAUCGAAAGACCGAACCGACUGUUGCCGUCCAGAAUGUUCUUCGCCACAUCGAAGCACAUGCAUCCACUUUGCAUCAGUGCUUCAACUGUGAAUACGUUACGAUGAUCGAAGACGAAAUGCGAGCACACAUGAUGGGUGAACAUGAUGGAUUGCCAUUGAAAUUUUGGCGGAACGCCCGUCGAUUCAACGCUUCGCCAGACAGCGAGUUGAUUGAAAUUGUUCUGGAUUGUGCCCUAUGUGGCGAACGAGUUCAUAAUAUUCCAGAGUCUUUUGCUCAUUUCAAGGACGCGCAUCCAAGCCAUGACAUCCAUUUUAAAGCCCUUAAACUCAUCAAAGCCACGACCGAUGACUUGGAGGUUACUUGUUCGAUUGAUGACUCAUCGCUGCACUAUCGCGAGGUAUUGGUUUGUGGUCUAUGCGAUGAGUACUUCACCGAUAAACUAAAAUGGUUGAAACAUUUCUCUGUUACGCAUCCACGCAAACCGUAUGUGGUUCGGCGCGGUUUUAAAUGGCUAGACUCGUAUCAACCAGCCAAAAGUGAUAGUUCUGGCUUUGACCGGAGCAUGCUAUUUUUCUGUGCAUUUUGCGAGAAUGCGAACGGCGUGAAACUGAUGUGCAGCAGUUCAGUUGAAGGGAUUUACGAUCAUUGGCAGAAGGAGCACAAGCGAUCGGAUGCAAAGCCAUUCCGAUUUUAUAUGGCCGAAUUGGUGGGCUGUUAUUAUUGUGACGUGAUGAGCACGUUUCAAGGUCUCCAAGAACACAUGGCUUAUGAGCACCCGGACGAGCCAUUCGUUGCGGUCAAAGCAUUUGAAACGGUGAAACAAUGUGCUCUUUGUGACCACUCAUUCCAUCGACAUGACCAACUCGAUGACGGUCACGAUGAACAUGACGAAAGUAACGAAGCUGAUGGACAUUUUCAUAUCGAUCAUGCGUUGGCUUUGGAAGCUAAUGUAUUCAACCCGAUUCGUAUGAACGAUUUUACACUCUUGAAAUUGCUGCAAAUUGGCGUGCACAAAAAAGUCAAGUGUGAUUAUUGCGCCGAGGUGUUCGAAACAAGAGACGAAUAUCGGGCACAUCAUUCGUUGAAGCACAGGGAUUUGGAGAGAUUAUCACUAGCAUUUGUGGAUAAGGAGACCAUCAAACUGGUUGGAGAUUGUUGCCACCAACAAAUCGAUCCGAACUCUUUUUACGAUCACCUGGAAUUCCAUACGUAUGCACUCAAAUGCGAUUUGUGCAUGUUUCGAACAAGCGAUCCGUUCAACUUCAUGAAACACAAGGUCAAAACACAUGAUGAUCCAGAGAGUUUGGCAUCGUUGUAUUUGAAUUUUCUGCAGCUCAGGUACUGGCGCAGUGAACUGAUUUUCGGUAAUGGACUGGUCAUCAACAAAUUCAAUACACAAGGGACCGAAUACGAUCAUCAAUCAAGCUUUGAGCAAUUUGCUGCACGACUCGUGAACGAGAAAAUGCAGGAAUAUGAAGCGGUUUCGAAGCAUGACGUCAGUGUAUAGACUUUGGUCGGGACGGGAGGAAGCGGAAAUUCUUUAGGAAAAUUGCAGAAAUCAUCGAAAUGAAGAUUCGCGGAAAAAAGCAAAUAUCGAACCGAAACAGUGCAGAAAAAGGACAAGACACACCGUGUUGAUGCGACAUUUGAUGACUACACGACUUCAUACGAAAAAAUUUAAUAUUAAGUUGAAUCAAAAUCGAAUUUUGAGCAUUGAACAAAAUUGCUUGACGCAAACGCAUGUUGAAAAUUGCUCAAACUAAUCGAUAAUAGAUUAAUUAGACCCUGAGGUUCAUUAAGACAAAUAAGGCCUUCAAUAUUGUGUCCCGCAACGACAUUGUCUCCCGCAAACAUUUAAAACGCUUCAAAAUUGAGAUUUUGAAGAAAAAAACUAGCUCUUAAAAGUGAUAUCGACGACACAUUGAACAAAGAUUUCAUUUCAUUUUUUUUUUUGAUCCACCAAAAUUUAUUUUGCAAACUGUCUAAGCACCAUAAAGUAUGAUAAUCCACCAUUGGCCAACUAAGAAAAACGAAAUAAUUGACCAAAGGUUAGAAAUAAUUUUCUUUUCCGUAUAAACGAUAGUAAAAAUUGAUAGAUAAAAAUGGGCCAUUUUAAAUGGUAGGUUUUUUUUUGGCAUGACAACGAAUACGAUUCAACGAAAGAAAGUGACAAAUUUAAAUUAUUCAUAGUUACAUGAACAAGUUCGAAUUAAUAUUCACACAUAUACAUUUACAUUUCCAAGAAUAACACCAGAUAGACCGACUGAAUA